AUGCAAGGCCAGACAUCCUACGGCGAUCCAUUCUCAACCUCAGGAGCCCACGCACCCAGCGGUGCCGUUCGACCUAGUACUGUGGCAGAGGUCCAGGAUGUCGUGAAGAUUGCCAAUAAGCACAAGGUGUGUUUAUGGACAGUGUCACGAGGAAAGAACCUGGGAUAUGGUGGAUCAAGUUCUGUCGCCCAAGGAUGCGUGGUCUUAGAUCUGCACCGAAUGAACAAGAUCGUCGAAGUGAAUGAAGAGUAUGGAUACGCCAUCGUCGAGCCGGGCGUAUCACUUUUCGACCUUUACGAGGAGAUCCAACGACGGGGCCUUCACCUGUGGCCAUCGGUCCCGGCCAUUGGAUGGGGUUCUGUCUUGGGAAAUACCAUGGACCGAGGCUUUGGAUAUACCCCCAAUGGAGAGCAUUCGCAGUCGCAGUGCGGUAUGGAAGUCGUGCUGCCAAAGGGUGAAUUGCUUCGAACGGGUAUGGGAGCGAUGAAGGAUAAUAAAACAUUUGCGCUAUACAAGGGAGGCUUUGGCCCAACCCUCGACGGACUGUUUUACCAAUCCAACCUCGGUGUUGUGACCAAGAUUGGCAUCCAUAUCACGCCCGCCCCCGAGGCCUACGCCACCCUCGAAGUCAGCGUUCCCAAAGAAGCAGACCUCGUCCCUCUAAUUGGGACUCUAUCAGACCUGAUGCGCCGGUCCAUCAUUCUCAACUCACCAUCCAUCGCCAACAUCUUCCGCAUCGCGCUGACCUCCCAAAUCCCCGAGGUCCACACCAAACUGGCCCAGUACAUGAAGCCCAACUCACACGUCCCGUACAACGUACUAGAAGAAAUCCGCGCAGAACACAACUGGGGCUUCUGGAAAGCCUAUUUCUCUCUAUACGGCUCCAUCGAAAUGCUCCCAGCACUGAUUCAAACCGUGCACCGCGCAUUCUCCAGCAUCCCAGGCGUGAACAUCGAAUCACGCCAAUUCCCCGGUUCCCCAGGCCAAGCCAUCACAGCAGCAGAAAUCCACGAGGAAGAGAUUCCACACAGUGGAAUCCCCACACUUGCUCCGUUUAACAAUCUCAAUACCCGAUCUGGGAAAGGUGCACACGUCGAUUUCUCCCCCAUCAUCCCUCCCUCCGGACGCGAGUUGUACCAAUGGUACCUGACCGCGAAGCAACGCACCAUGGAUGCGAAUUUCGACUUCUUCGCGGAUUUCCACGUUUACCCCCGCUACGUCGUCGGUAUCGAGUUGGUUAUUUUCACGCUGCAGGAGGAGGCGCGCGUCCUUGACUUGUGCAGGAAUUUGAUGCAUGAUGGUGCGGAGCUGGGGUAUAUGGAGUAUCGUUCCCAUGUGCGCUUCAUGGACCAGAUUGCGGAUAAGUUGGAUUUCAAUGAUUCUGCGUUUCAGAAGUUUACGGGACGCUUGAAGGAUAUGCUGGAUCCUAAUGGGGUGCUUUCUCCGGGGAAGUCGGGUAUUUGGAAUAUUCAUUGA